UUUCCUGCAAAACCCUAAAUUCACAUACCACUCAGGAGAAUUUCCAAACCACAGUUUGUAUUUUUCUCCAUUAUUCCAUAAUUUUUUCCUGUAAUUUCCAUGUUAAUUUCAAAGCUUUUUGUGUUCUCUUCAAUGGUGUUGAUUUCAGCUUGUUGAGCUGCAAUUUUCUUGGAGACCAAAGCUCAACUGCUUCAAUCUCACUUCUGGGUCUCCUUGUUUAUACAAAAAGUUUCUAUUUUUGAGGUUUCUGUGUUGCUGUAAAUUUUUCAAAAACUCUAGAUUUUUCUGAAUUUUUUGAGUGAUUGGGUGUGAAAACGUUUGAAUCUUGAAUGGGAAGGGUUUAAGCGAAGUUUCAAGGUUUUGGGGUGUCUUAGUUUUCUUUGAUUUGCUCAAAAAUGGAGGAAAGAGAAAAUUUUGGUGGUGGUGGUCAUGGAGUGGUGCGUGAUGAGGCUCCAGGGAGCUUCCACGUGGCUCCGAGGAUUGAGAACAACUUGGAUUUUUCCCGGGCUAUGGUGCCGGCGGCGACGCCGGCGGUGACGGAGAAGAAGAAGAGGGGGAGGCCAAGGAAGUAUGGACCUGAUGGCAGGGCAAUACCAGGUGCAGCAGCUGCAGCUGCAGCAACGCCUCUUUCUCCGAUGCCGAUUUCGUCUUCGAUUCCGUUGACCGGAGAUUUCUCUGCCUGGAAGAGGGGUAGAGGGAGACCUGUUGAAUCUAUUAAGAAGUCAUUCAAGUUGGAUUUUGAAAGUCCAGGUCCUCCAGCUGCACCAGGACCAGGUGAGGGAAUCGCAUACUCUAUUGGAGGCAAUUUCACAGCACAUGUGCUUACAGUUAAUUCUGGCGAGGAUAUUACUAUGAAGAUUAUGUCCUUCUCUCAACAAGGAGCACGUGCUAUAUGCAUUCUCUCUGCAACUGGCACAAUUUCAAAUGUUACACUUCGUCAACCAAGUUCUUCUGGGGGUACUUUAACAUAUGAGGGAAGAUUUGAGAUUCUUUCCUUGUCUGGCUCCUUUAUGCCAACCGAUAAUGGAAUUACAAAAAGUAGAUCUGGUGGGAUGAGCGUCUCUUUGGCGGGGCCAGAUGGUCGAGUAAUGGGUGGUGGGCUAGCUGGUCUGCUGAUAGCAGCUGGUCCUGUGCAGGUUGUUGUGGGGAGUUUUCUUCCUGGCCACCAUCUGGAGCAUAAAGCCAAGAAGCACAGGGUGGAGCAUGUAUCAACUAUUCCCACCACUACACAUGCUCCUCAUAUGUCUAAUGAGGAAAUAAAAGUAAGUUUUGGUGGAUUUAAGCCUAUCAUGACACCUGCUGCAUUUCAAGAAGAGAACAAUGCUUCUUUUAACAACAAUGCUCAACACUCUAGGAACUCAUCUGCUGAUGAUAAAGAUGAUCCUUUACCUGAAAAGGAGUCUAAGAUAAACCAAUCAAAUGCUUAGACAGCAGCAUCAUGCUGAACAUGUUCCACUGUGAAUUAUUUGGUAUUCUGCAGAGUCAACCUCAUUUGGGCUCACUCACUGAUGCUGACAUUAACUUAUCAACACAAACUCUUAUGGUCAGAUGAGUGUCACACAAUGGUUUUGAUUCAAAGUUCACUAUUUAGUGCUAGAUGUUAGUUGGGAAAUCUGGUUGUUAGGGUUUCUAUGUGUCAGUUGAUGUAUCCCUGUAAUGUUUACUCAUUGUUGUAGCAGUUAGAUGUAGGAUAUAUGUUUGUGCCACUUUUUUUCUCCCUUGAUUACAUUCUAUAUGGAUAUUGUAAGUGUGAGUGGAUGUGAGUGCUUCUGAUAUGUAACUUAACAGUUUAUAAUUAUUUGUUGUGAAAGAAGAAACUGCAUAUUAGUCUCUUAA